GGGUCGUUGUUUUGGUCGCUGAGUGACACACUUUCUUCACGGAAAGAUGACUCGUCCUCACCGUUAUUUCAGAUAUUACUAAUCGUUUCGGUUACCCGCAUUAGUGCAUCUUUAAAGCGUGGUGGUCAAAUAUGUAGCUAGGAGUAGGGGCAUGACUGCAAUGCAUUGAUGUUUAGUAUGUAAGCAAUUUACUACGUACCAGGAAGCCGUAUCUAAGAAUCAUGGCCUCCCCACCCCAAGGUGAUGCCGCCAGUACCAGUGCAAGCGACCAGUCACCUGUAGAACAGAAUACGAAAGCACUCCAUGACCAUUUUGCUACAGAGGAAGACAGAGAUAAUGAUGAAACUACAGGCCUCCUCUUGAACAACAUGAGCGAACGUCAUCUGUUGAGCACUUCGUCAUCCACUGUGAACACAACUAUGCGAGCAAGUGGGAAAAAGAAGAGAGUAGUCGAGAUGGUGGUGUACCUGCGAGACCGGACGGGCGUGAUGUUCAGUCUGGAGGACGGCCACCUGGCGCGGGCCGACGAGCUCAUUGAGAUGGUCUGUGAGGAGCAAGGUCUCCCACAGGAGGCGCAGCGAGUCUUCGCUCUCUGGCUCGUGUCCACCUUGAUGGACCUGCGGCUGAAGAGACACCAUCAGCCUCAUCAGAUUGCCCAGAAGUGGGAUGAGUUGUGUGUCCUGUAUACAGACGCCAAGAUGGAUGAAAUUCAGGAAGCUGAGCCUGUACUCAUGAUGCAGAGAGAUGUGUUUUACCCCAAGGAUGAAGAAAUGCAGAUUCAGCACGAGGAAAUGCUAUGUCUGCUGUACCACGAGGCCAAGUACAACGUGGUAGAGGGUCGGUACGCCAUGUUCACAGAGGACUACCACCAGCUGGCCGGCCUGCAGGCUCUCAUACACCUGGGCAGAUACAACCCUAAAGAACACAUACUGUCACAAUAUAGAGCUAACCUUAUUAAGUUCUAUCCAGAGCACAUGUAUCAACAGAAGACAUUCCUGUUUUUCCCCAAGAAGCCUGAAGGAAUAGACUGUGAGGAAUUGUUCCAAGGUGCCCAUCAGAGGCGGUCACAGGAAUAUGCAAACCUUGAUCUGACCAAGGACUUAGCAGUCCUUUAUCGAAAAUACCUUGAAAUAUGUUGGACAUAUCCAUUUUAUGGGAGUGCAUUUUUCACUGGACAGAUAGAAACUCCUGCAUCUCGAUGGAAGAAACUUGUGCUGUCCCCUCCAGAUACUCAUGUGAUAGUGGCCAUCAACAUGGACUGUAUCAGCCUUAUUGACAAGGAGAAAGUGGAGCUGAUUUUGUCGGUGCCAUUCACUGAAAUGUCGUGGGACUUCAGGGACACAGAGUUCGAUGUGGAUGGUGAAAUCAUGCCCAGUCUGUUCAUCCAAUUUGCCUGCGACACAGAGGAUUCAGAGCGAAAAGACUUGACCAAGUUGCUGGCCAUUUACUCAAGAGAGGCCAAACUGAUGGAUGCUCUGAUAAACAGCUGUGUCAAAAGGAAGCUUGCUAGUCCUGGCAUUGACUAUGUGGAUUCGGGUGUUUUCGGAACUGAUUCUGUGGAUGGUGCUAAAGCAGAAUCAUCUUUAAAAAAAGUUACAAACAAGUUGGACAAAUUCUGUUUGACCACUUACACAAAGAAAGGUGAUUUAGUUGAAUGAAGUAUUUGUGCAACAGCUCACUUCACCAAUUUUCAUUUUGAACUACACCUAUCACUUCAUAUCAUGACCGUCAGAUGGUACUAUGGAAGAAAAACUUCACUUUAAGCAGGUUAUGAUGUUGAUCACCAAUGUUCCUGCAUUUUAAACAGUUAACUGUAUUUUCACAAUCUUGUGAAAUAUUGGUGAAUUAAAAAUGAAGUUGGUUAUGGAACCAACUUAAUAACCAACACCCAGUUUGAAAAGAUUGUGCCCUAUUGUCCCAUUAUUGUGUGUACUUUACUUUACAAAAAACUGAUGUACACAGUAACCCCACCCUCCUAAACCAGACAUCCACAGGACCUAGUAAAAAAUCUGGAAGGAAGGAAAUGUUUCAUUUAACGAUGCACUCAACACAUUUUUUUAAGGUCAUAUGGCGUCGGACAUAUGGCAGUGGUCCAUAAUUCAAAAACUAAAAUUGCCGAGAAAGUUGACAUGGAU